AUGGUUUUGCUUUUACUUACAAAACCAUGGGCAUUUUCUCCUGAAAUAUUGCUGUUUCCAGUGAACUCUGCCUCUGUGCUGUCACGAAAGGCUUGGUUUGUGGCGGCCAGUAUCGGUGCGGUGGAGGCACUGAAGGAUCAAGUUGGGAUUUGCAGGUGGAAUUAUGCUAUAAGGUCGCUUCAACAACAUGCCAAGAACAAUUUGAGGUCGUUUAGUCAGGCUAAAACGAUCUCUUCUACUUCUUCUUCUUCUUCUUCUUCUUCGAAGGUUUAUGAAAAGAUGGCAUGUGGCAAGGUGAAGAAAUCUGAAGCUUGCAUGGAUAAAGUUAUGGAUUUGAACUCUUGGGGUCCUAGUACUGUUAGAUUUUAAUGUAAUUAGUGAUCUUAUUAUUAAAUGUAGUCAGAAAAUAUAUGCUUCAUUCUGUUACAGAAUUAUUAUUUUUUCUGGGUUCUUUUUAUGUUCUUAAAUUAAUGGAACAUGAAGUAGAGGAACACGAGCUUGUAAGAAAGUUCUUAAAUUUUUGUGAGAAAUGAAAAAAAUUGUUGAGCAAUUGCCUUAUAAGUGAAUAAAAAAUGU